AUGGCCGUGGUGAAGGCGUCGCUGGAGGAGCAGAACUUCACGGAGCUGUGGGGGAUGAAAGCCAAGGAGCUCUAUGGCAACAUCUGGAGCAACUUCAGUGACCCUCAGCUGAGGAAAAUCAUCGGCUCCAUCCAGACCCUGGGACCUUCCAACCUGCCUCUGGAGGACAGAGAGAGGUACAACACCAUCCUGAGCGACAUGGACAAAAUCUACUCCACAGCCAAGGUCUGCCUUCCCAAUGGAACCUGCUGGGACCUGGAGCCAGACCUCUCGGACAUCAUGGCCACCUCCCGCAGCUACAAGAAGCUGCUCUAUGCCUGGGAGGGCUGGCACAACGCCGCGGGGAACCCGCUGCGCCCCAAGUACCGCGAGUUCGUGGAACUGAGCAACCAGGCCUACGAGAGGGACGGAUUUGAGGACACAGGCAGCUACUGGCGCUCCUGGUAUGACACGGCCUCCUUCGAGGAUGACCUGGAGCACCUCUACAACCAGCUGGAGCCCCUCUACCUCAACCUGCACGCCUUCGUCCGCAGGAAGCUCUACGACCACUACGGCCCCAAAUACAUCAACCUGAAGGGUCCCAUCCCUGCUCACCUCCUGGGCAACAUGUGGGCCCAGCAGUGGAACAACAUCUAUGACCUGAUGGUUCCCUACCCCGAGAAGCCCAACCUUGAUGUCACAAGCACCAUGGUGCAGAAGGGCUGGAAUGCCACGCACAUGUUCCGGGUCUCGGAGGAGUUCUUCACCUCCCUGGGGCUGCUGGAGAUGCCUCCUGAAUUCUGGGACAAGUCCAUGCUGGAGAAGCCAACAGAUGGGAGGGAGGUGGUGUGUCAUGCCUCAGCCUGGGACUUCUACAACCGCAAGGACUUCAGGAUCAAGCAGUGCACGACGGUGACCAUGGAGCAGCUGUUCACCGUGCACCACGAGAUGGGCCACAUCCAGUACUACCUGCAGUACAAGGACCAGCCUGUGUCCUUCCGCAGUGGGGCCAACCCUGGCUUCCACGAGGCCAUUGGAGAUGUCAUGUCCCUGUCUGUCUCCACCCCCAGCCACCUCCAGAAAAUCGGUCUCCUCACCAACGCCACCGAGGACGCAGAGAGCAACAUCAACUACCUGCUGAAGAUGGCCCUGGAGAAGAUCGCCUUCCUGCCCUUCGGCUUCCUCAUCGACCAGUGGCGCUGGGACGUCUUCAGCGGCCGCACCACCCCCAGGAGCUACAACCAGGACUGGUGGUACCUCAGAACCAAGUACCAGGGUAUCUGUGCUCCGGUCCCAAGAAAUGAAAGCAACUUUGACCCUGGAGCCAAGUACCACAUCCCUGGGAACACCCCUUACAUCAGGUACUUUGUGAGCUUCAUCCUCCAGUUCCAGUUUCACAAGGCUCUGUGCCAGGCAGCCAACCACAAGGGUCCUCUGCACACCUGUGACAUCUACCAGUCCAAAGAAGCUGGAGCCAAACUCAGGGAAGCGUUGAAAGCUGGGUCUUCCAAGUCAUGGCAGGACAUCCUGCUGAACCUCACUGGCACGGAUAAGAUGGAUGCUGGGCCCCUCCUGGAGUAUUUCAGCCCUGUCACCAAGUGGCUUCAGGAGCAGAACAAGAAGACCAAUGAGGUUCUGGGCUGGCCUGAAUUUGACUGGCGUCCCCCUGUCCCUGAAGGCUACCCUGAGGGCAUUGACAAAAUAGCAGAUGAAGCAGAAGCCAAAGCUUUCCUGUCUGAGUACAACAGCACGGCCGAGGUGGUGUGGAACUCCUACACUGAGGCCUCCUGGGUCUACAACACCAACAUCACUGACCACAACAAGCAGAUCAUGCUGGACAAGAACUUGGCCAUGUCCAGGCACACCCUAGAGUAUGGCAUGAGGGCCAGGCAGUUCGACCCCUCUGACUUCCAGGACCCAAGUGUCACACGCAUCCUCAAGAAGCUGAGUGUCAUUGAGAGGGCAGCCCUGCCUGAGCACGAGCUGAAGGAGUACAACACCCUCCUCUCAGACAUGGAGACCACGUACAGCGUAGCCAAGGUCUGCAGAGAGAACAAGAUCUGUCACCCCCUGGAUCCUGACCUCACAGACAUCAUGGCCACCUCCCGGGACUAUGAUGAGCUCCUCUUUGCCUGGAAGGGCUGGCGAGAUGCUUCUGGGAAGAAGAUCAAGAACAACUACAAGAGAUACGUGGAACUGAGCAACAAGGCAGCUGUGCUCAAUGGCUACAAGGACAACGGGGACUACUGGAGAUCCCUGUAUGAGACACCCACCUUCGAGGAAGAUCUGGAGAGGUUGUACCAGCAGCUGCAACCCCUGUACCUCAACCUGCACGCCUACGUGCGCCGGGCCCUCUACAAAAAGUAUGGAGCAGAGCACAUCAACCUGAGGGGUCCCAUCCCUGCUCACCUGCUAGGCAACAUGUGGGCACAGUCGUGGUCCAAUAUUUUCGACCUGGUGAUGCCUUUCCCAGAUGCCACCAAGGUGGAUGCCACCCCAGCCAUGAAACAACAGGGCUGGACACCCAGGAGGAUGUUUGAAGAGUCAAACCGUUUCUUCACCUCUCUGGGCCUCAUCCCCAUGCCACAGGAGUUCUGGGACAAGUCCAUGCUGGAGAAGCCAGCAGAUGGGAGGGAGGUGGUGUGUCAUGCCUCAGCCUGGGACUUCUACAACCGCAAGGACUUCAGGAUCAAGCAGUGCACCGUGGUGAACAUGGAUGACCUGAUCACAGUGCACCACGAGAUGGGCCACGUCCAGUACUUCCUGCAGUACAUGAACCAGCCCAUCUCAUUCCGUGAUGGAGCCAAUCCUGGCUUCCAUGAGGCCAUUGGGGAUGUCAUGGCCUUGUCUGUCUCCACCCCCAAACACCUGCACAGCAUCAAACUGCUGGACCAAGUCACUGAGAACCAAGAAAGUGACAUCAAUUACCUGAUGAGCAUCGCCCUGGACAAACUCGCCUUCCUGCCCUUCGGUUACCUGAUGGACCAGUGGCGCUGGAAGGUGUUUGAUGGGAGGAUCCAGGAGGAUGAGUACAACCAGCAGUGGUGGAAUCUCAGGAUGAAGUACCAGGGCUUGUGCCCACCAGUACCAAGGUCUGAGGAUGACUUUGACCCUGGGGCAAAGUUUCACAUCCCUGCCAACGUCCCCUACAUCAGGUACUUUGUCAGCUUCGUGAUCCAGUUCCAGUUCCACCAAGCACUCUGUGACAAAGCCGGGCACAAGGGUCCCCUGCACACGUGUGACAUCUACCAGUCCAAGGAGGCUGGGAAGGUCUUGGGGGAUGCCCUGAAGUUGGGUUUCAGCAAGCCAUGGCCCAAAGCCAUGGAGCUCAUCACGGGGCAGCCCAACAUGUCAGCUGAUGCCCUGAUGAGCUACUUUGAGCCACUCAUGACAUGGUUGGAGAAGGAGAAUGAGAAGAAUGGGGAGGUCUUGGGCUGGCCUGAGUACAGCUGGACUCCUUACACAGCCACUCCAGCCCAAGCUGACUCGAACCAGACUGAUUUCCUGGGCAUGUCCCUUGCCAGAGACCAAGCCACGGCGGGUGCCUGGGUCCUGCUCGCCCUGGCACUCGUCCUCCUCCUCACUGCCAUCAUCCUGGGAGUCAAGCUCUCCUCAGCCAGGAGAAAGGCCAUCAAAUCCAGCUCAGAAAUGGAACUGAAAUAA